GGCGGGGACCACUCGAUGCCGGCCUCGUCGCCGCCGCCCACGCUGCCCUCGGCCGCCGCGCCGCCGCCGGUCACGUCGCUGGAGCGCACCGUCCGCACGCUGGACCGGCAGAUCUCCCAGUUCGUCGCCAUGGACCGGCUCAUCUGGGCCGACUCCGCCGACGCCGACGCCUUCCUCGAGGCCGUCGACGACCUCAUCGGCACCGUGCAGGAGCUGGACGCGGCGGGGACCAGCCGCGGCCUGCUCGACCGCGCCGACGAGCUGCUCAGCCGCUGCAUGGCGCGGCUGGAGGACGAGUUCCGCGCGCUCAUCGAGCGCCCCGACGACGCGGCGCCGCCGCCGCCGCCCGACGGGUUCGACUCCGACCAGCCGAUCUCGGACGACGACGCGGACGACGGCUACGGCGACGACGAGCCGAUCCCCAUCGCCAGGCCGGUCGCGGACUUCGACGUGGUCAUCGACGCGCUGCCCCCGGGGUCCGUCUCCGACGUGCGCCAGAUCGCGCGGCGGAUGGUGGACGCCGGGUUCGGCCGCGAGUGCGCCGAGGCCUACGCCGCCGCGCGCCGCGGCUUCAUCGACGAGAGCGUCGCGCGCCUCGGCAUCCGCUGCGCGCGCACCUCCGACGAGGUCCACGCCUCGCCCUGGGAGGAGCUCGAGUUCGACAUCGCUCGCUGGAUCCCGGCCUUCAAGAUGGUGUUCCGCAUCCUCAUCCCCAGCGAGCGCCGCCUCUCCGACCGCGUCUUCGAGGGCCUCGCCCCCUACGGCGACCUCGCCUUCGUCGCCGCAGUUCGUACCCAGGCGCUGCAGCUGAUCUCGUUCGGCGACGCCGUUGCUGCUGCCAGCCGCGCGCCAGAGCGGCUCUUCCGUGUCAUCGACAUGUACGAGGCUGUCCGUGAUCUUCUCCCUGACCUCGACCCUGUUUUCGCCGAUCCCUACUCUGCGGCGCUGCGCGCCGAGGUCUCCGCUGUAUGCAGCACACUUGGCUCCUCUAUCAAAGGUAUAUUCAUGGAGCUGGAAAAUCUCAUCCGCCGUGACCCGGCCCGUGUUGCUGUGCCUGGAGGUGGCAUACACCCAAUCACCCGGUAUGUCAUGAACUAUCUCCGAGCCGCAUGUGGUUCGAGACAGACGCUGGAGGAGGUGAUGGAUGGUGACUUGGGUGCUCUUGGUGUCACUGCUAUUGCUGUUGAUCCUGAUCGCCCUACUUCGUCACUUGCGGUGCACAUCGCGUGGAUCAUGGAUGUGCUUCACAAGAAUUUGGAGACCAAGUCCAAGAUAUACAGGGACCCGCCGCUUGCUUCCAUCUUCCUCAUGAACAAUGGCAAGUACAUCAUCCAGAAAGUGAAUGACAGCGAGCUUGGGGUUCUGCUUGGUGAUGAGUGGAUGAAGCAGAUGUUGAGUAGAGUGCGCCGGUGGAGUAUGGAGUACCAGCGUGGAGCUUGGGCAAAGGUCAUGUCAGUGCUGCAGACCGGAGGUUCUGGAUUUUCUGGUCUCCCUGUCAAGGCCAUGCUUCAAAAACUGCAGAUGUUCAACGGCUACUUGGAGGAGAUCCGUGCAGCGCAGUCGGAAUGGGUGAUCACAGACGAGCAGCUCCGUGCGGAUGUUAGGGCAGCAAUAACAGAUUCGGUAGUACCUGCUUAUAAGGGCCUAAUUGCGAGGUUGAGAUCAUCUCCAGAAGCUCCACAGGAUUUGGUCAUCAAGCAUACCCCAGAGGAUAUCGAGGCAUGCAUCCAGCAUUUGUUUGAAGGAGUUGCCAAAUGAGUGGCUAACAUGUAGCACCUUAUGAUGUUGUAGCUGUGAUUUGGUGUCAUCACUAAUUUAAUGUUGUGGUGGAUAUCUGAAGUUCUGAAUACUGAUAAUGGCGCCGUUCUGAGUUUGAUGGUGUCUUGCCAUAAGGU